CUAGCCUACGUAAAUUUGUCAGUAAAAUUUUUCACUACACAAAUAAAAUAAAUAAAUAAACAAAAAACAACGCCGUCCUUGCGCUUAUCCAUCAUCAUCCCUUAUGAAAAUAUAGAAUUGCCCCACAUUCUCCGUUCUCGCCGUGGGCAAUACAGUCAUAACAGGGCACAAAGGGCUGAAUAUGUGCGGUAUAUUUUAGAGCGCGGUGCUGUGACACGGAGGCGGAGAGCGGAUGCUUGACGGCCGGGGUUGCGAGUGUCAUACAGCAGGUGGAGACUGACUACUGAAGGAAAUAUAACCGAACCACAGACGCGAACCGACCACAGAAUCUAAAAGCACAUUUGAUGAGGAAAAGAGGAAAUAUCAGAUACCCGAUCCGCUCUAAAUGCGUGAGACGUGAUAGUGGGUCCAAGAGAAAUAUAUUUGAUAUUUAUCAACGUUUGUGAUACUUGCGACACACAUCCUCAAUGUUUCUAAGCAAACCAUGGUGGACCCAUUGGAACCUGACAACCAGAGUAAAUUCACUGAGCUGCAGUUUGAAACCCCUUCUGCAGCCUCUGAAGCACCAUGUCUACCUGAAUCAGUUGAUGAUAGAGAUAAAGAUAUUGGUGUACAUUCUAGUCUGCAGACAGAACCCAGUCCUGAAGCUGUACUGAGCUCUGAAGAACCAUGCCAGCCACAAAACAACCAGAAUAGUCAACCAGAAGAGCAUAAACUGCAUUUGGAUCUUUUCAAUUUUGACUCGCCUGCUGCAGAAGGCAGCCGGUAUGUGCUGACAAGCCCUCGCUCACUUGAGGCAUGUGCACGCUGUGGGGUGAAACCUGUGGAACUUCUGCCACGACCACUGUCUGAUUUUGCCCGUGAGGCACCCGGUCGCAGCAUGCGUGUUGCUACUGGAAUGUUUGAAAUAUGCGAGAGGGAUAGACAUGCUAAACUCCGACAAUGCAGAGAGGAGAGAGAGCGGAUUAUAAGAGAGGAAAAAAGACGGAUUCUGCAGGCAGCUCUCAACAACAGUAGUAGUACGCUGGCUUCAGAGAAGUCACAGGAUGCUGUAAAUGCUGGAUUGUCUCAGCAAACCAAUCACAGUUUAACUACUUCUGGCCCAGCUCCUAAAACGUCACCUGCUUGCUGUGGUGUACUGAAAAAACAAUUCACAUCAAUGGACCCUAAAAAUACAACACCAGGAUCAGGACAGCUUACUAAAGUGUCAACAUCCAGCUCUCCUCCUGUCUCAAAAAACAGUCCAGUAAACUCUGCUCACACUGCUAAAGGAACUUCUGCAAAAAAGACCAAGUCUUCUCGUGAAGCAGAACCUGAGGGAAAACCUCCAUGGACAAAGCCUUCAGUAAUCCAACGGUCAAUCCAGUCAGCUCCAGCAGGCCAGGGUCCAAAGAAAACCUCCAGUACUCCCACAAAAUCUGCAAAUACUUUUCCCAGAUCAAUACCAAAACUCUCUUCUUUUCCAAGGACACCAACUUCACUUGCUCCAAUAGUGUCAAAAUCUGCUGUCCAAAGUCCUGCCAAUGGCAUCACUGCUCCAUUUGCACAGCAAAAUGGACACACCAAAUCAAAGGUUAGAUGCAGAAGUCACUCGCUGGAGUCUUUGCAAAGAAGGCGUGAAACGAUAUGCACCUCUACUGCUUCAACAACUACCACCACAACUACCACAUGUACCUCCUCAGAAUCUGCUUCCUCAUCCUAUAGCUGGGAUGGUAGAGAUCAUUGGGCUAAGACAUCAAGCCCUCGUGCUCGCACUUUAGCUACCUUUAACUCCCUGAUGGGUCGUAGUUUGAGCUUGGGAGACCUUAGCCACUCUCCACAGACAACGCAGAAAGUGGAACGCAUUGUAAAGGAGGUGAAACGUCGUGGACUUAAAGCUGUUCCAGAACGUGACCGAAAGAUUGCUGCAUUAAUGCUAGCCAGAUAUCAAGAGGAGGACAUAAUGAGUCAAACUCGCUAUGUAGCACACUUACAAUGGGACAGUGAGCGGAGACUAGAAGAACUGCGACGAGAGCGCGAAGAGCGGGAGAAACAGAGGGCUGUGCAGCAGUGUCAGCGUGCAUGGCAGUCACAAGUUUCCACCCGGCAGCGCUGGCUUAGCCAGCAGGAGCGAGAGGCUGCACAAGCAAAGCUUCGCCAGGUGGCAGAAAGUGAGGAGCGUUGGCGGGAGCUGGCUGAGCAACAAGAGCGCAGCAGGUUGCAGAAGCUGCAACAGGCUGCUCGCGAGGAGAAACACAAGAAGGCACUACAGGAACAGAAUCUUAAAGCUCUGGAGGAGGAACGAGCUUCCAUGGUUGAGCAGGAGAAACUGCUCCUCAAGGAGAAACUGACCAUCGCUGAGCUGAAGCGACAAGAGCGAGAACAUCAAAUUCAAGAAGAACGUCGUGGACUCAACCGUGCAGAGAAAAGGCGGCAUGCAGCUCUUAUCCAAGAGAUCGCGCGACGUGAGGCAGAUGAACGUGAAGAAGCACGUAGAACAGCAGAGGAAAAACUAAGUAAGUCCUUGGAAAACUACGAGCAGAUACAGGAACGACGUGGGCAAGAGUUAAAGGAAAAAGCUAAGCGAGAAGAGAAGCAGAUCCAGAGAGCAAGACGGGCUGCUGAGAAACGUGAGCAACAACAAAAGGAACAGAUGGAGGCAUGGGCAAGGGAAGCCGAAAAACGAGCACAACAAGCUGCGCAAGUGGCUGAAGAGCGGGCGUGGGAGAAGGCUCAACGUGCGGUGCAGAGCAGGCAGGAAAAGGAAAGGCUUCAAAGGCUUAACCGUCAGCGUGUGGAGGAGGAGGAGAAACAGCGCCGCCUAGAAUUACUGCAGUCUAUUGAGCGCAAACUAGAAAAAAGCGAACAGAUUUUCAGAGAAAAGCGUGCAGUGUUGGAAAGCGCCAGAUCAGUGGCACGUGCUUCUUUCCACGUGCGGGAUCGUGUUCGCGAAGAGACAAAUAUGCGCACCUUUGACAAAAUGGCCCUGGAGGCUCAGUUAAAAGCAAAUUUAGUUGAGAAGUGAGCUCUUCAAUGUUUAACUUGUUUACCCUUUCCAUGCACAUCUGUCUAGAAAUACGCUGUGCUUGAGCUAACAUGCUAGCCUCAUCACCAAACCACGGCAACAGUACUGCUGAUUGUGCCCUCAAGUGUCAUAUCUUCAUAUUUUUAUCCCUUUAUUCCUGAUGCUGGAUCAUUUUCAUCAUGUCAUGUGGAGAAAUAUUUUCCUGAUUUUUUUUUUUUUUUUUAAAUGGUAAUCUCAGAACUGUGUGCUUAUGUGUGAAUGAUCAUAUGUAAGGGCAUGCUUGUCUUUUUUUCAGAACUUGGCAGACGUGUUGCAUUGGGAACUGUAUAUAAAGAGUUAAUUGUUUACAUUGUUUAAGAUUGGCUUUAUUUCCUAGAUGAAGAAGAAAAGCAUCCAGAAUUCCUUUAUAAGAGUGAGAGGAGACUCUUGUUUUAGGAAUAUAGGUUGUAAGAUGGUGAGCCAUGACUUUGUGUGAAAACCAAACUCCAGUGAAAUGCUGACCGUGCAUUACUGCCGACAGUAGGUACGUGAUCUCAGCACAGUGUAGCUGCUGAUGAAGCACUGGAGUCUUCGGUCAGCAACAGAACCAUCAGUUCUCAAAUCUACACUGACAUCCACACUCAUUCAGGUGUGUUCGAUUUUCUUUUCUUGUUUUAAAUAAACUUCAUUUUGGGCAUGCUACUUACCAUUUGAAUAUUAGCUUACUAUGUCUGAAUACUGCGAGUAUGUACUCUAUAAAAUUACAAGUGAAACAGUAGGCAUUAUGCAAUGAUAAAGAUUCAAGCAGUAAUCUGUUACAUUGUUACAUGACCUCAGCUUGUUGCAUGUGAGUGGAGUCUAGUUAUCACUUUGGAAAUAGGUUUGGAUUGUUUUUAACAUUGUUUUAUCCAUUUUGUGUAGAAAUGUCUUAUUUUUUGGCAGUUCGAUCAGAUAAUGAGCCAAGAUCGCAGUAGACAGCAAAUAUAGCAAGUAUAAAUAUUGCUUCUGUACUUGCGGUUCAGAUGUCACAGUGGAAAUGGAAGGUCAAGUCGAGUGUGUAGCAUUGUGGUGUGAAGUAUUAAUGUAUCUUAUCUGCCCUGUUUUAACAGUUAAGUUGGCAUAGUCAAGGUUUUGAAGAGGGCAUGGUGAAGUAGAGGAGUCAGGCUAGCUGUGUUCUGCUCUCAUGUUUCUAAAAGUGCCAUGUCAUCCCUGUACAUAUCCAGAGGACAAGAUUCGAAGGGAGCAUCAAUUUCUGUGUGAAAAGCAUUGCAGUUGGCAUUUCUGGGCACACCUCACAGUAAAUUCCUAUGAUAACCUAACCCAUAGUGAUGCUUGUCACACCAGCCAUAUGUCACAGAUUUUUUUGUUUUGUUUUUUUUUUACUGUACAGCAGUCUAGAAUCUGAUCAAAAACUGUAUUUUAUGGGUAUCAAAUUUUACAAUACCUUUAUGUAUGGGCUCUUUGGAAAAUUAUUGCACAUUUCUUGAACAUUUCGAUCUUCAAGAGAGAUUAGCUUUAAAACAUUUGAUUAUAUGUCCUCAUACAGCAGCCUGAUGAUUAUUUUUUUUUAUUUAAUAAAAGAGUGUUAUGCUUCUAUGAACUAAUUGACUCUGGUUUGUCUCUUCUGAUGCAGGUUUGGGAGUGGAGAAGAUGGUGUUGACACCCGUGGACUAAUUCAGUUAAAUAUGCCCUAAGAGACUGCAAAAGACAUAUCAAUUGAUCACAGGCUCCUUAUUACUUUCUGGCAGUGACUCAGCUAAGCAUGAUGUAAUUGGAAAGUUUAAUAAACACUGAAGCCAUGUUACUUACAGGAUAUCCAAGAUCACACAUCAACACUGCUUUUAACAACAUCAAAUCCCAAAGAAACCAUUUCAUUUGUGUACACUUUAUGCAUUGCAGGUUAAAUUUGAGGGGCUUUUUAAAUGAAAGAAAAUAGUGGUGCUGCUAAAUAUUAAACAGCUAAUUGACAAUUCCUUAUUAGUGUGAAGGUUUCAUAGCUAGUAAUCUCGAUGCUCUUAAUGUAGACAGUAAGUUCAUGCAUGAAUCAAAAAAGCAAGUGUAAACUACAGGUAUACAUUUUGAUUUCAUUACAGAUUUUAUAUUAAUGCAAUCAAUAUUUAAGUUAGCUGUAAAUUUUGCUAGCAAUCUCAUAAUCUACAAUGAUUGUAGCAUUAAAAAUAUCUAUCUUAUCAAAGUAUUAUAUAUUUUGGCUCAGCACUACUAAUUGUUACUUAGAGUGAUUUAUUGUUUCUUUUUUCUUUUUUUUAAGCAGAAAAAACUUUACCAAAUCACAUCCUACUGCAAAAACAAACAAACAAAAAAAGUGGUUAAUUAAAAGGGACAUGCAGGGUGACAUUUUACUUGAGAACCAACUGUUUUUUUUUUUUUGUUGUUUUUUUUAAUGGCAUAUUUUAUUAAAAGGAGAAAUAAAUUCCAACCUUGUUUCAUAAGUUAUGUAUUUUGGACCUUUUUUUUUUUUUUUUUUAUAAAUAAAUAAAUACAUUUACUUGGAAGGGUGUAUGUACCUGUAGUAUAGAGGACUGACAGGAUUAGGUUUCAGGAUAACUUUUAACAUAAAUAGCAUGAUUUAAAUAUAGGUGAUGUGUGAUUUUUUUUUUUUUUCAUGUGUAAUACUUAAUAAAAUAAUAUUAUUCUUUACGCCUUACAAUAAAUUACUUUCUCCUGUCCCAGUUUAAUAUGCAGAAACAAAUAUGAGUAAGCCAUUAGUAGGCUGAUUACUCAAUUCAGAUUAUAAAAUUAUAAUCACAUUUCACAUUUUGAAAUCAUUUUAUCUGAGCAUCCUGAUGAGCUCAACAGAGCUAUAUUGACUUUAACAGUAGGGUGACUUCGGAGAGGGACAACCAAGUGGCAGAUGGCAGAGUGUAUGGGAAACCUGUUUGAAAACAUUUUUGCAACUCCAUUAAGGAACGUUAGUUGCACAGAAAUUACAUUCUUCACCUAUAAUUUUAGAGCCCAAAUUACUCAGUGCAUUAAAUUUGUCUACAUUUCAUAUAUAUUUUAAUUUGUAGGUUGUGAAGGGUAUAUGGUUAUACAGUACCUGUUAGUUUUUAUUGUAUAAGAUUCAUGUUGUUUUCACUUAAGUGAUGUGAUUAAAAGCAUUUUAAAAUAUAUUUUGCAUAUCUUUGCUUGUCAAGUUAUAAUACUGUGUUAUUCUCCAGUGUUAUAAUGUACAACUGAAGGGGCCAAAUUACACAGCAAGAAUCCCCUUUCUGAAACUUGACUGUUGAACUUUCCCUAAACACUGACAUAAUUACAUGAGAGAAAUUGAGGAUGACAAAGCAACUCCCCCUCCCUCCUUGUUGGUCUGUCAGUCCAUCAGGCA